AUGCUGGAGGCCUCUAGACCCGAGCACGGUGGCGUCUACAUCUGCGAGGCCGAAAACGAAGCCGGCAGAGAUACAGUUCAAACGAUUUUGACCGUCUUUGAGCCCCACAUCACCUCUCAUAUGCCCCAGAAUAUCACGGUUCAUCAAGUGCCACAGACUGGAAACAUAAAUUUCAGCUGCACAAUGAAUUCGACUCCGCCAGCCAUCAUUCAAUGGUACAAAGAUAAUGUUAAGCUGGAGGCAGCUUUGCACUCAGAUUAUUAUCUGCAAUAUAUUCCCCUCAUCUCAUUGACUACCUCUUUUUUUGCCCGGUCAAUAGAUCGUUACUCUAUAAGUCCCGAUGGAGCCACCCUGCAUUUGAUCAACAUCUCUAUCAACGAACAAGGCCAGUACAAAUGUGUGGCGAUAAACAUUCCGAUCGACGUUGACUACGAGUUCCGCUUGGAUGUGACAACUUGGCCAAUGAUUGUGACCUCUUCGUCAUCACCAAAUCAAAUGGAGGUGCAACGAGACGGUGAACUUCGCCUCCAGUGUGUGGCCAAGGGCAUCCCGGAACCGACAUAUCAAUGGAUGAAAGAAGAGGUCUUUCUCGGCCGCGGUGGACUCUCAGGCACCAGCACAGAUCCUGGCCAGUCGAGCGUGAAUGUGGCCGGCCAACUUACGCUGUCUGGCGCCAGUGGAACUCGCUACUUCAUCGAGGACCAGGGUCGUCUGCUGCGGAUAGUC